AUGGGCGCGCUUCAUUUGCCUAUCCCUCUGUUACUCGCGGUGUGGGUAUCGCUGGUGGCGGGUGUCGUUAUAGCCGGGGAGGACACGAACAUGUACAGCGAUGGCGAGACGGUGCGGGUGUAUGGCAACAAGAUCGGCCCACUGAACAAUGCAUUUGAAACGUAUGAUUUAUUUCGGGUUCCCGGCUGCCCACCGGCCAGUUGGAAACAGCGGACGCCAACGUUAGGGCAGGCGCUUGUGGGUGACGAGCUCUAUGAGUUAAACGUUUCGGUAAAAUAUGGCUUGGGUGUUGAGAAAGACGUCAUUUGUAGCUUCACACCCACCGAGGAGGAAGUGGCUCGUUGGCGUGAGAUGAUUGUUGCGGACUACACGUACCAGCUCCUUAUUGACGAGUUGCCACUUUGGGCGCCAUUUGGAAAAGUGAUCAAUGCAGUACCCAUGAUUUACUUGCAUCGUGACUUUCGUCUCGGCACAAAUGGGCCACGGCUUGUUGAUGCCAGAGUAGAAACGACGGCAGCCGAAGAACUUCUUGCGGGCAAGACGUAUGUCUUUACGUAUUCCACGCAUUUUUUUCAAUCGGCGGUCACGUUUGAGGAUCGUUUUGGAAAGUACAUGAGGGAGGAAUUGGUUGAGCCUCGUAUUCGAUGGUUUGCCAUUGGCAACUCUUUACUGUUGGCCGUCUUUCUUGUCAUAGUCGUUGCGAUUAUUCUUUUUCGUAUGCUUCGCACGGACUACCAACGUAUUGAGAAUGAACUUCGGUUGCGAGAGGAGGGAAAUGAAGAACUUGUCGACAGCACGGGAUGGAAACAGCUCUACGCAGACGUUUAUCGCGUGCCUGCGUAUCCAUCGUUUCUGUGCGCUUUAAUAGGCACUGGGGUGCAGCUUGCAGUGGUGUUUGUGCUUGGGACCGCGUCAGCAGCUUACUUUAGUUUGCGGAGGAACUCCUCGCAGGAUGUCGUUACCGUUGUGGCUCUCUUGUAUGCUUUCACCGGUGUAGUGGCAGGAUGUGUGUCAUCGGUGCAGUUCUUGUGGUACGCGACGUUAAGUCCGGUUCUUUCUAAGAAGUGGAUGCGGUGCAUGGAAUUUACAAUGUUUGUGUUCCCAAUAUUUCUCGUGUCAUGCGGGAGCAUUACAAACAUUGUGGCGCAUCUCCACGAGUCUGCACGGGCGGUGCAUAUUGGAGGUGUCACAUUUGUUUUGGCAUUGCUUGUUAUUGGGUAUUGUCCCUCUGUGGUGGUAGGGACCCUCGUGGGGCGGUAUGGGUACCGACGGCGUAUAUUGUUGCCACGUGGCCAUCGUAAUUUGCCGCAUGUGAACCAAAUUCCCCGACUUAUCCCCCUACCACCCAAUUUUCUGCUCUCGACGAAGUUGUUUAUUUUUCUUUGUGGCUCCAUGCCGUUUGGUUCAAUUGCAUUUGAACUUUCUCUUAUGUUAAGCUCGUUGUGGUUGAACAAACUUUACUUUUUUUACACGUUUCUACUGCUGACAUUUUUGGUAUUUGUGAUAGUCACCUCUUGUAUAUCUGUUACCGCCACGUAUGUGCUGCUUAAUAUUGAGAAUCAUCGUUGGCCAUGGAUUUCAUUUGGAUUUGGUGCAUCUAGUGGAAUUUACGUAUACCUCUACUCCAUUUACUUUUACGUCCACCGUACCACUAUGAGUGGAGUUUUUUCACUUGUAUUUUACUUUGUUUACUCCGCAACACUGUCAGUUGCUGUUGGGCUAAUCGGUGGCUCCAUUGCGUUUCUCACGGCCUCGUUGUUUGUUAAAAAAAUCUACACGUUUGUGAAGUCUGACUAA